GCAUGAGUGAGUUCAUGGGCCUGAUCUCGACUGAAUACAGACCCGGUGAGAAAAGGUUCCAGCCUGGAGGUGCCACCUUUCACGGCAUGAUGGCUUCUCAUGGUGUGGACGCCGAGUGGUACGAAUACAACAGGACAGCCGAACUGGUUCCAAAGCGCGUCGGCGAAGGAUCUAUGGCGUUCAUGAUCGAGAGUUCGCUGAACAUGACGGUGACCAAGUGGGCCGAACACGACUGCGGAAAGCUUGACCCGGACUACUACAAGGAAUGGCAGCGCAUGCCCAGAAAUUUCAACCCCAACUGGAAGCCUCCCAAGGAGCAGUAG